AUGGCGAUGCCUUUGACUCUAGUAACUUCAGUGACGAUUGAUUGGGUUUUUACUGACUCAUUGUGUAAAUUCCAUGGAUUUGCGCUAAUAUUAUUUAGCGAGACGUCGAUAUGGACUUUAACCUUUGUCAGUUUUGAGCGUUAUCUAUCUAUAAGGCAUCCAUUUCAUCAUCAACGAUGGGUCACGCCGACAAUCGUAGCAGGAGCAAUUGGGACGGUUUGGGCAGUGUCCAUUACAUUUGCCCUACUACCGUUUGGGAUAUCCGAAUUUACUUUCUAUCGAUUUAAUCAUAUCUGUAUAGCAGAUUGGAGAAUAAGUUUCCAUACUACUCUAGCCUACUGUGUUGGCUCUAUUUUCGUUCCGUUCACGCUCAUGGUGAUUUCAAAUGUUGGCAUUUUAAAAACGGCUCUGGAACAAAAUCGUAAGGUAGAUGUAAAAGUCGGAAACAUUCGGAAAAUGACGAUUCGGCCUAGCGAAGCACAACAGAUUGAUGCAGUACAGUUAGAAGUUGAAAGAAGAGCGGCUGCAAAGGCCAAAGCUCGCAAAAAGAAAGAAAAACGGGCAACCAUUUUAGUUCUGGCCAUUGUCGGAGGUUUUGGUGUCUGCUGGAUGCCUUAUACAGUCACCACCAUGUGUUUAAUGAUAAGAAGUCACGAGUGCUUGUGGCCUUCAAGGAUUUUUGUGGCCAGCGCUUGGUUAACUAAUCUUAACAGUGGGCUAAAUCCCAUCCUCUAUAUUGUGUUUAACGUCGCUUUCCGACGAGCAAUUAAACAAUUACUCGGAAUCAGUCGGAGGAAUGGAUUGGAAGUUAGUGAUGGAGGAACUUUUGUUACCACUGUGGCGCCGCUUAAUCGAAGCCCAGAAAGUUCGUAG